UCAGUUGAAGAAUCGACACGGUCACGCCCUGCAAUAGAUCGACGAUAUCUAUGUCUUCCACCGCACGCCGGGAUUCUGACACUAUUAUUAAUAUUUUUUUUGGUCGCUACAAGCUCCCAGACACAAGACUUCAUCGUUAAACGGAUCGGACAGGCAAGUGUUUCAGGCUUAUUCAUGAUCAUAACCUCACUCGUACAUUUGUAUGAUGCGCAUGAGCGGUCAUCGUGCUGGUAUCCGCCAGAGACCAUGGCAUAGGUGACA